CAAUUUCUAAUUAUUAAACACAAAGCCCGUGUAUAGCCGUAGGUAUCCGUAAGAUACUGCAAUAUAAGGAAACAUGGCAACGCUGCCGCCGCGUAAGAAUCAAACACCAACUCGCAUCUGCCAAACCAUGAAGCCGCACUUGACUCCGCUACAAACGUUGCUGCAAAUGGGUUUCCCAAAGCAUAGAGCCGAAAAGGCUCUGGCUUCAACCGGGAACAGAGGCGUGCAAAUUGCUUCAGAUUGGCUUCUGGCCCACGUAAACGAUGCGACGUUAGACGAGUGCGCGCCACGCGAGUACAUUAUAUACGCGUGCCCAACUGGGCCGUUUUUACAGCAGCUGGAAGAGUUCUGGUCAAAAUCGCGUCAGGUGUGCGGUUGGAACGGAGCGCACAACUAUGUGCCGCACAUAACGCUAGUUUCCUUUUUCAAGGCACCCGACGAAUGCUCAUUGCAGCUGUCCAAGGCGCUGAAGCAAGUCGUGGACAUGACGGGCGCACUGCUAGAUCGCCCCAUCAAAUUGGAGCCAUACAUGAGCCAAAACUUUAUGGGAUUCUUUGUGGCCGAAGAUGAUGCCAACUAUUUGAAGCGUCUGGCCUUGCAAUAUGUUAAGGAGGUGUCCAAUUCAAUUAUAAGCGAUACUUACGAGCAGCUGGACGCAAUUGUGGCCUGCUUCCCCUGGUGCGGAGCAGUAUCCUCGGGUACCCGCUGUAUUCCGCGCAGCAGUCGAUCUAUAUCACUCGAGCCACACGUAAAGAGCCUGCACCUGACGCUCGCCUAUCAGUUCCCGCAGGCACAAUUCAAUGCACUGAAAUCACUUGUGGAAACCCUUGAUGCCAGCUGCGCAUCCAAUUGGGAGCUGCGUUUGUAUUCUCGUGAUCCACGACUCGCCACCAAACAAGUGCAGAAGGUAGUAUAUCCCCAUAAUCCGCACGAAACGGACGAGCUGGAACUACGCAUUGGCGACUACAUCUACUUAAAUAGCGAGGGAGUUGAUAGCUCUUCCGACGGCUGGGCGGAGGGCAUAUCGUGGCUAACAGGUAGCACGGGACACUUGCCGGUUAAUUACACGGAACGCACUGCUGAGUCUGAUGCCUGGACGCUGCAUCGUGUUGUUCAGCUUUCCAAGAGUGUAGCAUCCUCGCUUAAUUCAGCUGAGGAUCUAGAUAUUGUAGACGGGCGCAGCAUAUCCACGGAGCCCGAGGAGCGUCAGCGCGAGCUGCAGCAAAGUGCACAACAUCCGGAGAUUAUAGAGGGUUCUUCGUUUGAGGAAUCGGAACAGAGCGUUGAAAAAUACUUGCGACAGACUCUGCAGCCCUGCCUGGAGCUGCCGUCGGUGCAACUGCUCAACAGUCACAAUUUAACACAUCCGCGCAAUCCACACACGCCUACAAUUGAGAUCACGACCAAUAUGUCUUCGGGCUCCAACUCGGUAUCCAAGAACAUUGAUGAGAUAAUGGUCGAGCCACUGGCGGUGCAGCCUCCUAGACCCGAUGAUACGCUCAGCGUGCACUCGGACCACGAGCACUCCUUGCAGCCCAACACAUUGGAUGCCAUGCACAGCGGCAACCGUAAGGUGUACAUUAUGCGCCAUGGCGAACGGGUGGACUUUACAUUUGGCACCUGGAUACCCUAUUGUUUUGAUGAGUUCGGCAAUUAUAUGCGCAAGGAUCUGAAUAUGCCCAAGGUGUUGCCGCAUCGCAAAAACAGCCCCGAUGGCUGGCAGAACGACUCACCGCUGACAAACGUGGGCCUCUACCAGGCGCGUCUGACCGGCGAGGCACUGCUCGAGGCAAAGGUCCAAAUCGAUCAUGUGUACUGUUCGCCCUCAUACCGAUGCGUGCAAACUUGUACAAGCGCAUUGGAGGGCCUCAAACUGAGUGGAAACCACAAAAUCAAGCUGGAGCCAGGACUUUUUGAAUGGAUGGCCUGGUAUCCCAAUGGCGUGCCCGAUUGGUUAAGCAGCAGCGAGCUGAUCGACUCCAAGUACGACAUUGAUUUGAACUAUGAGCCUGUGCAACAGGCCGCUGAUUUAGCUGUCCAGUUAAAGGAAUCCACGGAGCAGUUCUAUAUGCGCAAUCAUAAGGUUUUGCUACAGCUGCUCGAGCGCACGACUGGCAAUAUUCUCAUUGUGGCACAUGCCACCACACUGGACACCUGCUCGCGUCAACUGACGGGUGGCGCGGCACGCAGCACUAACGAGCUGCGACAGGUUAUACACAAAAUACCCUACUGUAGCCUGGUCACAGUGGAGCAAAUGGAUGGUAUCUGGAAGCUGGUCGAACCGGAUUGCCUCCCCGUAACGCACUCGAAGAAUCCGCGAUUUGAGUGGAAUGCGUUGUCGGCCACCUAGUGCCCGUGCUUGGAGCAGUUUCUGUGCACGCAUUGAGACUGAUAUAAAGACAAUUAAAAACACACGACCAAACACAGAACCGCAUACAUAUGCAAAAAGCAAACAUACGUAAAUUGUUAAGUUUAUGAAAUUGGCUGCCAAAGCGUUUGUGAAAUUGUUUGCACUUUAUAAUAUAUAUUCACUGAAGACAAUUGUAUAACUGCCAAACAUAUAAAUUGAAAGCCCAUGUCUAAAAUUUAAACAUAUAAAUAUUUAUGUGCAUAUAUAUUUACGCAUUACAAUUACUACGCUAUAAGAAGCAAAAGUUGCUGAAAUUGAGCUAAUCGGCUCAGUGUUUUCGUACGUUUUUUAUAAGAUGCUGCAAUGUAUACGCUACCUACAAUAAUUGUAAACAAUAUGUAGUUAUAAAAUGGCACUUUUAGCCUUAUCAUCAGUAAUCCUUUGCUGCUUUGAUCUAGCUUUAGCAUGGCCCGUUGGCUCAGUUAUGCUUAAUAUUGAUUAGCUUUAGCGUAGCGCAGUUUUAUUUAGCUAUAUCUGAAAAUAAAGCAAACCCCAGAGGCAUGUUCUAUAUAUUUGGACAUAGACAUAUAGAAAACCUAUAAUGGCUUAUAGAUAUUAAAAUUGUUUUAGAAGUUAACAGAAAAAUAUAUGUAAUAACGCCCAACAAUUAAAACAAUAAAAAGUAUAUCAUAUAAAAACUGAUGUUGCCUUGGUAUCUAUUUAAUGGACUUUAUGAUAUUGCAUUUCGACCCACCCGGAAAACAACAUUCCAUAGUUCGCUUCACUUUGUGCGGCUCUGCAGAAAAUAGCCGACAUUGUAUUUAUUGCGCAUAGAAUUAGUACGGUAAUUUGUUGUAAUUGUUAAAACUAUGAAAUAUAUAAUUGUUGAACUAUUUAAUUGAA